GUUAAAACGCCUCUGCAGGCAAAGUCGAAGCAAGGCCAGAAUCGAAGGACAGUGAAGGCGCAGGUAUGGCAAUCGCACCGCCCAUCGUGAAGAAGCGAACGCACAAGUUCAAGAGGCAUCAGUCCGACCGAUAUGCUGGCCUGAAGGAGAACUGGAGAAAGCCAAAGGGUAUCGAUAACAGAGUCCGAAGAAGAUUCAAGGGACAGACCCCGAUGCCCAAGAUUGGCUAUGGCAGCAACAAGGCGACAAAGCACAUGAUGCCCAAUCGGCUCUACAAGAUGGUCGUCUCCAACGUCUCCGAGCUCAACCUGCUCUUGAUGCACAACAAGACCUACGCAGCAGAGAUUGCGCACAACAUCUCGUCUAAGAACCGCAUCACUCUGCUAGAGAGGGCAAAGGCGCUCGGCAUCAAGGUCACCAACGCUUCCGCUCGUCUGCGCAAGGAAGAAGCAUAGGCUGGCUUGUCUGCCAGAGAGAGUCUU